CUUCGUUACCAAACAUUGUACUAUUGACACAAAACGCAUUGGUUUAGAUAAGGAUCAACUGUGUCGAUAGAUAACGUUUUAUGUUAAAAUAGAUUUUUACUCACUAGGCAUGAGUUUAAAGUUUAGAUUUCAGUGUUGAUGUUCAGUUUUAUUUUCCUAAGUACAAUAUUGACUUUAUACGCCAGGCAUUGCCUUUGUACCUUUUGUAUGGUGUCAAUUGGUUUCCAGGACUUUCAGCUUUUGUCAUUCUCAGCAUUUGGAUUUGAUUUCUGCUUGAUUUCGUCUAUGUGUGUGUGUUGGAUUUACACAUGAAAAUGGCUAGAACUUUGUUGAAUGUGUGUCUUGUAGCUGCGACAAUAUUCAAUGCAGCAAUUGAAGCUACAAAAACAAAGUAUCUCAGCAGCGAGUGUGGCGACGAGGUGAAGGUCAACGGGGACGUCCUUAUCAAACUUAACUCUUGGUUUCAACCAAACUGCAAGGUGACGCUAGUUCCCAGGUCUGGAGAUCGUCUGAUUGCAAGGUUUACCUACUAUCAUUUUAACGGCUUCAGGAACAUCAUUGGUUUGAUCGCAAACGAGUGUACCUUUGAGUCUAUACAGCUUUCAACUUCAGACAGUCAUUACUACUUUGAUGAAGAUGACGGCUUCUGUGGUGCGUAUAAACCCUCAGGGUUGUAUGACCUCGGCCAGAAGGGAUACUUCAGCUAUAACUCUAAAAACGGGUUGACUUCAAGCAUGAAAGCUGACCUUCUAGUCACAGAAGUAUUUGACAAGAGAAAUAAAACUUGUGCCAGCGGUCAGUUCGACUGUGACAAAAACAACUACUGUAUCUCUGACGAUGUGACCUGCAACGGUUACGACAACUGCGGCAACGACAGGGACGAGGUGAAAGGAUGUGGGCUCACGACCCCCAUCAUCAUCGGCAUCGUCGUGGGCUGCAUCUGCUUCGUGGUCCUGCUCAUUGUUAUUGGUGUUUGCAUCGCCAAGCAUCGCUAACUAAACGUCUCGUUUUUCUUGGACGAAUGAAAGGAAGUAAGCUUGAUGACACUGUGGCGCCUACUCAAAGCGUUUUCAUCCUCCUCCAGACUCGAAGGAAAUAUUAUGUUCUCAAGUUCUUGAAGAUAGAGGCCUACUGCAAUUAUAUUUUAUAUUGAUGCUUAAGUUUACAUUUGUUGGUGUCCAUUAAUUAUGUUGUUUGAUAACUUUUCCGUUGUUGUUGUUUUUUAUACUUUCUUUUGAAUGAAAAUUUUUUAAUCCUAUCUACAAUUUGUUUGCAUUUCGAUUUUAAUGACCUGUUUCCAUCCUAGCAAUAAAAUACAAUAACAUAGGAACAAUGAGAAAGUGGUGUGAAGAAAUAUGAAGGCAAUAUAAUGAAACGUAAAGAAAAAAAAUGAAUGGGGGAGAAAUUAAUGGAUCAACUGAACAAUGUCAGGGAAGUCGUAGUGAAGGAUCACUAGUGAACACAAGACAAAAUUUGGUUGUGCAAUGAGAGCUUUGAAAUUUGAUACACCAGAGCUAAAAGGUGCACUAAUGAUUACAGUAAACCUUUAAAAUAUACAUUAACUCCUAGAUAACAACUUCCAACAUCAUUGUUUCUAUUUACUCGUCAUAGAUAGGAAUCUCCAUCAUAUAGUAGGCCUAUAUAAAUAAGAAGGGAAAAAAUUAUUUUAGAUUUUGCGAUUUAUUUUUAAAGCGGUCAGUUAAUUUUUAUUUUGAAAAUUAAUUUCGGGUUUACAGAUUUUGCUUUUACAAUAAUUAUUUUGAAAAUGAAUUUUUCAUUGCUCUGAAUAAACCAUCAUUAACAUUAUAAAUAAAAUAAUAAAAAAAAAACCCCUAGAAAAUGAAGUUAUCGUUUAUUGAUUUGAAUUUCAUUGUAUGAUAAAUACUUUUUUUUUACAUGAUCUUCUUGAAAAGUUAUAUGUUGUACAACGGGGGAGGGGGUGGGAAGACUAACAGGACUCUAGUCCGGAGCCCCAACAAAAGGAGAGAGCGCCAUUCACGCUCAUUAUACUUAUUUGAAAGUUUAGGGGCAUUUGAUUAAUGAGUGCGUGAGGUGGAGGCAGAUGGACCGACACCUUUCCAGUUGUCUGGGGCCCAAAUAUUUCUGGCGGUGGGCCUAGGCCUUAAUCUGUUUUUUAGACCUCCUAGUUGGUUAGGUGAAUAACAAUAAUAAUCUUAAGCUAGCCAAAUGUCUUCUAGUCUAGUCUGCACAAUUGUAUUUGGCUAGGAAGACUCACUUGUCACUUACAUAUAUCAUUGACAUUGCGCAUGCCUUUCAUGGAGAUAUUUAUAUAGCAUCACGGCUAGUAGAUCGAUUAUUUUCGGGUACAUUUGUCAUUUAACAUAUUUAAAAUUUAAAUGUUGGAGAAUAAAAUGCUAAAAUAUUCUA